UUCUUCGAGCUAAUUUUCUAUUCGAUACUGACGAUGGAUGGCGGGACCCUGGCAGGACGCAUAGUGGGUCGAAACAGUAAUAUGAUGGACAUAGAGAUUUUUUUGACAAAUCGUAGUUUUUUGGAUGCCGAUCGAUAGUCCUUCAGAAGUAUUUAAGUAAGCAAACAUUGGACAAAUUUAAUAAAAAUAUUACAAAGGCUGCAUAUAAUUUAAUUCUUUGCAUUUCCGGAAUGAAAGAUUAAAAAACAAUAUGUCAAAAUAACCGUUUACGUUCGUUUUUUGUUCGUUUGUUUCUGUUUUGUGUCAAUAAAAAUGUAUACAAACUUGAAUCAAUUUUAACUAAUCUUUGUGAAUUUUGUGUAUUUUGGACCAUUUAUUUGUGGAACAGAUGGGAGAAUGGAAUGCAGCGAACCCGAGGAUAUGAAUUUAAGUGCUGUUGACGAGGCGUCUGCAGCCGCUGUGAAUUCGUCGAUUCUUGACUAUUAUAAGAAAUUCGGACGUAAAAGGGAUCUGGAGCAAUAUUUUUCAUUGUCGACGGCGGACAGUGAGAUGAGAGACGUAUCUGGUGUUUUUUGGCGAAAAAUGAAAUCUCAGGAUUCUUCUGAUUCUGGUGAUAAGAAAAGCGAGUCUUCAACUGAAUUAUGUAGGAUAUCGAUCAAAUGCAGUAUCCCUGAUCCUUGUGAUUCUCAGGAUGAAAAUUCAAAACCGAAGAGUGACACUGAAUCUCCUCCUAUUAUUACAGAUGUUGAAUCAAGACAUACUGAUGAUGAAUUUGUGAAUGAAGAUACUCAGUCUCAUAAAUCCAUGGAUGCUUUAUUGGAUACAUCAAUAAACAAACCAUUUUCACCAACUAGCAGUAUUACAUCACAGCGGAAAUUAGAAUGGGAUUCAUUAGCUGAUGUUGGAUAUGCUAAUGAAAAUGACAGAAAAGGCUCUGCAUCAAGCUUGAGUACCUUAGAAAGACUUGCAUUAAAACAGCAAUAUUCCAAUAAUGACACUAAAAAUGACACUGAAAUUGGUCCUCCUACUGCUCAUUCAACACCAGCUGACAUCAAUGUCAAAUCUAAAACUAAAAAAGGAGCAACUAAAAAAUCAACAAAAAUUUAUCAAAAAGAUGUUGAAAUUGUUGAAGUAAAUAUGCCUAAAUAUUCAGAGGCAAACCCUUCACAGUCUAUAAAUGUGAACUUGACCAAACAUAUCUCAUUUAACAUGGACAAAGAUGGUGGAGUUUCUGUUGGGAAUAUCUCCAAUAACAUCAAUAUCUCACCUAAGGAAAAUUUAAUAGAAGAUGAAGCAGUACAAAGCUCCAAAACAGAUAAUGAAAUACAGACUUCUUCAAAAAAAUCUAAAGAAAACUCGUCUGUUACUAAUUUAUCUAAACCAGAACAUAUUGAUGGUAAGAAAAAUCCUGUACUGAUGAGUUACAAUACUUUAAAAAAAAGAUACAGAAGAAGAAAUAGAAAAUUAGCUCGAAGAAAACUGAGAAAUAAAAUAAAACUUGAUGUUGAUAAAGAAAAUAUUCCAAUUCAAGAAAAGAGCACUGAACAAGUUUCUGCUGCUGAAAGUUUUGAAUACAUGCCUGGACAUGUUUAUAAUCAAAAUCAAAGGAAUUUUGAAUCAGCUAGCCCAAACAAUACUGACAAUAAAUCAAGCUUAGAAUCUAGUGGAGCUCACACAACAGAGUCAAGCAAGAGUUCAAAACAUUCAUUUUCUAAAGAUUUAGAAAAAAGCAUUGACCUUCUCAAAGUUGCCUUACAGAAACAUCAUAAUGAUUCUGAAUUAAAAAAUAAACUUGUAAAAGAAGUAGUACAAAGAUUGUUAAAGUCGAAAUACCGAGAUGAUGACAGUACAACAGAAUUUCUAUCAGGCCUAACCUUUAGUAGUAAGAAAUUAAAUUUAGGUGAAGGUUGUUUAACAACUAGCACUUCAGACAGCAAUAACACUGAUUUAAAGCCUAAGAUUCAUAGGCCUAAAAAGUCCAUAUUGAGACUAGAUAAAUUCAAUUCAAAUGUCUUAGCUUCUACAUCACAGAGUGCUCCUAAUUUACCGAUCGUGUCUAGUAGCGAAAAGCCUGUGAAACGAAGUCCUCUUCACCAAAUGACGUCCAAUACCGAAUCAGAUGUAUCUAGUGGAGGUAAAAACUCUUCUGAAACUGUAUUUGCAAAAACCUCAUCUGAAGAGUUGUACCUUAAAUAUGUAGAAGCGCUAAGAAGAGAAGAAGCAUAUAAACAACAUUUAAAAGACAAAGAAUUAUUUCUAAAGCAAAAACUGGUUAGUUCUGAAAAAGCCUUUAAAGUAACACAACAAUCUGAUGUGAAAGUUAACAACAGACUUAAAGAUCUGAUAAAAGAUUUAACUAGGAAUAACUAUGAUGAUGGUUCUGGGGAUGCUAGUAAAUUAGAAGGUGGUUCCACCUCAAACUUGGACAUCCAAAGACUUGAUGGUCUUCGUAAACAGAGAAGUCACUCAGUGUUUACACUUUCUUCAGGAAAUUCCGAUGAUCACCGAAAAAGUAAUCUAAAAAAGAGAUUGCAGAAUGAAAUGAAGCACACAAAAACCAGUCAUGGUCCAGAAGAUAAACAUUGUUGUUGUCAACAUAAUUUUGUUCCAUCUAAAGUUGGUGUUGUGGAUAGUUCAGUACAAGUUAAUAUAAGAUCUAAUGAACAUACUAUUGAAAACAAAUCACAUCACGACAUGUGUUCACAUAAUAAAGAACCUUUUGAAAAUGUUGCUCAUGUGGUUCCAGAUGAUUUAACUGGGGACAUAAAAUAUGUAUGUCUGUGUAGUAAAAUAUCUUCUGUUACAGAGGAUGUUCCAGAAAAAAUGCUUAUAUAUAAGUGCUCUGGUUUAACGAAUAGAGCUGUUCAAUUAGUAGAUUCCACAUCCAAUACUAUUGGUAUUCAAUGUAUGGGUAGUCAACAGUCUUCUCCUAGGGCUGAGAUAAAAUGUCAACCUUCAACUUCCAAAAUGCUAGAUGAUGGUAAACUGUCUCAAACAUUUCACGGAGAUAGCUUUAAAAAUAAAGCUGAUCUAACAAAAAAUUCGAAGUCUUCUCAAACUAACAUACCAUUGGGUAUAUUUAGUGAACGCAAUUCACCAUCUACAUCUACUGAAAGAAAAAUGCGAGAAGUGUCACCAUUCACUAAAAAUAUUAGAUCGCAAAAUUCAACGAAGGAGGUAACUCGAUGUUGUCAGACUGAAAUAAGUAUAAACCCUAGAAUACCUGACCCCUCUCUGACUGAUGUAAACAUGCUUUGUGAUCAAGAAUGUGUAAAAUUGACAAGUGAAAUCAAGCAUGCUUCCACCGAAGCAGAACCACAGAAGAAUGUCCAUCACGAUAUUAAAACUAGCGAAAAGAGUACUCAUAUACAAAAUGAUCAAAAUAUAGUUGCUGCAAAAAAUUCAAAUAAAGAAAUUCAAUCAGUUUUGGAACUAAAUAACAAUGAAAUAAUUUCACAUACUGUAGAUUUACCUAAUGUAGAUCAUUAUUCCACUGAUAAUUUUAAAAUUCCUAUACAGGGUACUAAUAUGACUUUAAUGGUGAGAAUAGGUUCAACAACAAAUGAUGUUAAAACUCAUGGUGUAGGGACUGAUAAAACUGAGGUAACUGAAAAAGCGACAUGUUUACCGGAAGAAUGCUCUAAAGGUGUUCAGUCGCAUGACAUAGAUAUUUUUGCAAAUAUUGGUAAAGAAUUUCAGAAUUCUAUUCAAAAGUCUCUAAAAGAGAGCCCGCGCAUAUAUGAACCUUCUGAACCAUUUGUCUUUAAAGCUUGUACAGCAGAUAAUAUAAUUAAUAGACAUACUUAUCCAAAAAGUGUUCGAAUAAGUCCUAAGCCAUUUAUGAGAUCUAAUACAGAUACUGGAAGAUUUGUUUCAACAAACAUCGCCCAAACGGACAGUAUUGAAAAAAAUGAUUAUAUAUCUCCAGAAAAUGUAACAAGGAAGUACAGUAAAGGAAGUAAAGCCAGUUCUGUAAAAUCUAACACAUCAAAGUCUAAUGAACUAAAAGAUAGCUCAUCAGAGGCGCAAAGUAGAAAAUCAAGUAGUGAUGAUCCAAUAAUGGACAUUAUAAAUGAUAUAACGAAACGUUACACUAAAAAAGACAUUGACAAAAUUAAGCGAAAGAAAUGUUAUAGAGAAAUUAUGAAUGUUUUGAAUUACCUUUUGAAUACUGAAGAUGGAACUGAUCAUGAUCCGCUUAAAAUAUCUGAUAGUUCAAGUGCACGCGACACUGAUGGUGAUAAUAGUAAAAACGUUAAACAGAGAGAAAAAAUAUUACUUAGAUCGAAGAGAGUGAAGUCUGAUUCAGAUGAACUUACAAAAACCGAGGAUGAACAUGUUUUUGCGACAGAUAAAGUUAAUACUCCAUGUGAAUGUAGUAAAAAUAUUGAAGAACGGAGCAGUCGUCGUCAACUGCAAGAUAAAGAAAAGGUUGAAAUAGAACCGCCUAGCAAAGAAGACAAGGCUGUGCAAUCGUCUAUGGGGACUUCCAACUGUCGUAAGAAUUAUUAUGAAUCAUCUGAUAUACAAGCCACCACCGAGAUCCCUAGUACAUCAUCUGAAUCCGCAACGUGUAAAGUUCUGAAUAAAAUCAAGAGGGAAUGUGAAAAAUAUCACCAAAAACGUUGCAAGUGUCACGGCCUUAAAAAAUGCGAGACUUCUAGUAGCACAUCAGUGACAUGCGACCAAUGCAAACGAACACACCAUUGUCCAUGCAAAGGGCAAAGAUGUCACAGAUCGAAAUCAUCUGCUGAUAAAAUUAAAAAGAAGUGCUUGGCAUACAACCUUAUAAUCCAGACUUCUGACAGCAUGAUUAGUGAAGAAGCGAUGGUACACAAUGAGCCAAAGGCGCUAAGAAAUAUCGUUGUCAAAGUGCCUCCAAAACGUAGACAAUAUGAAAACGCACCAUUCAAGGAAAUAUACACUAAAAUCGAAAAGACUUUACCUCAUAGCAGUCCAAAAGACGACCCAAAAGUUUUGCGAUCAGGUAGUUUACCUAACGAGUGGGAGAUGUCUAGUAUGGAUAAUUGUAUGAAGAAGAAUAAUAUCUAUACAGUGAAAGAAUAUCUGGAAAUAAACCGUCCCGACUUUGUGCAGAAGAGUUCUCAUCGGCAGGAAUCUUUGAAGCGCAUCAGUGAAACGAGAGACCCAGAUCCUCGUGGCUCGUACGCUCCUUCUAAUCUCAAAAUGGUGGUUGUGCAUACACCAAAUUGUAUGAGGCCAAUGGAUAAUUGCAAUAUGUACUGUGGAGGUAUGCCAAUGCACUAUCAAUGUAAUCCCUACAUGCAAUGUACGCCAAGCGAAGUAACAAGAAUUGAGCAAACCAACGUGCCGUUCAACGACAGCUGCUGUCAGCACAACUGGACCAACGGCCAUCUUUGACGUCGUUCAGUGAAACCGACCUGCGGCGACUGGCUGAAGACCUUGGCAUGGAAAUUCGUAGGAAGAAAAUUGCUCCAAAAUUUAUAAGUGAACGCGAAAUGAAAAAGCAUUCUGAGAAAAUAUACAAGUCGUUACCGGAAGUUGUUCAAAAAAAGGAGGAAGCGAAAAAGGAGAGUAUCAAAAAAACUAACCUUUUGAUGGCAAAUAUAUUUAAAAAGAAUCUUCAGAGGAAAACUCUCCGUGGAUCAGUGAAUCUGUCAAACUACAGUACGGUCAUAAAAAUAUGACGAAAAUCCAAAAUUAUGAUUAAUGUUAACCAAAACAAACUGUGACAAACAAUGUGUUCAAUAUUUAUGCAUGCUUGAUUAUCGAAGCCAACUCAAGAUUUUUACAAUGCUUGUUGAUUUUGCUGUUUAAUGACUAUUUUUCAUUGAAAUAAAAUGUAUUAAAAUGAUUGGUUUUGGUUCUUAUUCCUUCUGCAUACAAAUAUUUUCAUGUGAGGAGCUCGAUGGUGCAGCCGUUAGUGUGUUCCUCAGACCCAUCAAGCACGUAUUUUGACAGCUCUGGAACCGUAUCCACAUCGUCAAAUUUUCUUUCAUAGGCUUUUUGACGAUUCGAUACAAUUACGCUGUCAAAAUUCAUACUUGGGCCUGGGUGACCAAAAAAUUAUUAUCGCGAAUUCCUCCGUGCUUCAGAAGGCACGUCAAGUUAUUGGUCCCGGCUGCAUCUGCAGUC